GUCUCCUUGGGGCCUGGAGUUGGGCCGCCGCCCUUCAUCCCUCGACGCCCUCCGAGGUUGCGGGGACCCUUGAGGCCCCCUGCCCGCACAAGGCCGCCAUCAGGAGCCCGCCGGGAUGGCGAUGCUGGCCGAGCCCCGUCGGAAACAGAAGUGGUCCUUGGACCCGAGGAACAGUGCGUGGAGUAACGACGACUCCAAGUUCGGGCAGAAGAUGCUGGAGAAGAUGGGCUGGUCCAAAGGAAAGGGUCUCGGUGCCCAGGAACAAGGGGCCACGGAGCACAUCAAGGUCACGGUGAAAAACAACCAGCUGGGGCUCGGCGCGACGGCCAACCACGAGGACAGCUGGCUGGCCCACCACGACGAGUUCAAUCAGCUCCUGGCUCAGUUGAACAGCUGCCACCGGAAAACGGAAGCAGGUUCCUCCGACUCCAAAGAGAAGCCAACGUUCAGCCUGGAAGAGAAGUCAAAAUCGUCCAGGAAGCGGCUUCACUACAUGAAGUUCACGAAAGGGAAGGAUCUGUCCUCUCGGAGCGAGACGGAUCUGAACUGCAUUUUCGGGAAGAGACGGGAGAGCAAGGAGGUUGCCAAGGAGGGGCCUGACCCCGACUCUACAGAAGUGGAGGAGUCCAGCACAGUGACCAGCGCCCUCACCGUGCAGGAGUAUUUUGCCAAGCGGAUGGCGGAACUCCAGCAAUCCCGGAAGCGGAACCAGGAUGCCCUCUUAGGCGCCGGCUUCACCCAGCCCCCCGAGGACCAGGCUCCAGGCAGAGGGCUGCAGGACAAGAGGAAGAGGAGGAAGAGCAGGGGCCUGCAGGAAGAGGAAGCAGAGGAGGAGACGGAGGACGAGGACGGGGCCCAGGAGGCGACAGGGGUGACGGAGAGGAGACGGAGGAAGAGGAAGAACACGGAAUCCCAGAGCCCCGGAGAAGCGGGCAGCCGGGCCGAAGCCCCCGAGCACAGACAAAUUGGGGUCUGCGCGGCCGGAGACCAGGACCCCGAGGCCACGGGAUCCUCUGUCAAGCGGAAAAAGCGGAAGAAGAAAAAGGAGAGAAAGCGGGAGGUGGAGGAGGAGGCAGAGGAGGAGGCCAGAGAGCAGACCCAAGAGAGAACCCCACCGAAGAAGAAGAAGAAGAAAAAGAAGAAAAGAGAGGAAGAGGAAGAGGGCUAGAUCUGGCCUUGGGUGGGGAGACCCAGGCCACAGACUUGGGCCAGGGACGGUGGUGUUGCUACCUCGCCCUCCGGGCCCCAGGCGGGACCUCCCUCGCUCCUCACACCCCCAGCCCGCACUCCCGCAUGCCCAGACCCAGAUCGGGGCCCAGCCGGGAUCGGAGGCGGGGGGCUAGGGGGUAGGCUCCUGGUCUCCCCGGCCAAUUUCCUCCGUGGCCCUCAGCGAGUGCAGCUUGGGCUUCCUGCCUCGGACCCAUUAAAGGAUUAUGAGUCGCUAGCGGAGAAUGCAGCCGCCUGGUCCGUGCCGUUCCCCACCCGCCGGCCCCGUUUGUCUGAGCAGGAAUCUGGCCGCCGGAGGCCCUGCCCGGCACCCUGACCCGGCUGUCGGCCUUGACCUCGGGACCCGGCGGCCACGCCGGGAACCUCGGGGCCCCCGUGAGACACUCCUGGCUGGGGUUGACCUCCCUAAGAUAGCCGGGAAAAUUACUUUUCCCUGCCCAUGGGCCUCCAGAACAGCAUUCUGCACCCAAUAGGGGCUCAGAACAGCACUUUGCACCUGAUAGACGCCCAGCACAGGACUCUGCGCACAGUAGGUGCCCUGCAGAAUGUCCCUGGUCCUCUCCAGGACUUCUAUCGUUCCCCAUCUCUGCCUGCACACAAGUCUCCUCAACACCACCUCCAACCCCAGAAACACGGUCCAGGCUAAGCCCACCUAGGCUGCCAGCCUCUUCCCACCCAUUCUCUGUCUUUGACCCUUCUCUGCCAGCCUUUCCCUU